CGAGUCAAACUACUUAAUGAAAGUUUUCAUUGUAGCGUAUGGUCAUAUGUUGUUCACGGGAUACGACAAACCGUGGGAUUUGUUUGUCCAAAGGAUUUCAAGGCGCAAGCGUGGCCUCACGUGUAGCUAGUGUAACACAGGUUGUCCUACCCUGGAUUGACACGGAUCGUAACGUGACUCGUUAUCGAUUAUUUAAUAAUUUAUUCAUGCCUGCUGAUGGAGUCCCUUAACUCGCCACAAGGAAUCGAUCCCACGACUGGCCAGUACUGGGCGAGACGGUCGCUCGUGCGUCUCAAGAGAAAUUCUAAGCAUUUUAUUCAGACAAUAAAAAUAUACAAUAUUCCAUGUCGGAUUGUGAAGAAGACCUGGCCGAGAGGCGAAUUAAAAUCGUACUCGUAGGCGACUCUGGUGCUGGUAAAACCAGCAUUGCUGUUAAAUUCUGCAACGACGAAUUCACAAGGCAGUACACACCCACAGCUGGUAUAGAUUUUUUCUUGAAGAACGUCGGUCUAGGAUGCUACAAAAAUGUCAAUCUUCAUCUUUGGGACGUGGGCGGUCUUGCACUUCAUGGAAAUAUGCUCGACAAAUAUGUCUUCGGUGCUCACAUUAUCCUGCUGGUGUAUGAUGUAACGAACAGCUCGAGCUUUGAGAUUCUUCAGGAAUGGAUAGCGGAGAUUAAGGAACUCAAUAAUAUAUUUCUCAAGCGACCGUUAAUGGCGAUUGUGGGGAAUAAAUGUGAUAUGGAACAUCAAAGGACAGUUAAGCGGGAAAAGUCGCUUCGAUUCGCUGCCGAGAAUGGAUUUCCAUAUCACGACGUGUCUGCCAGAACUGGGGAAGCGGUUUCCUUGUGUAUGAUCAAUUUGGCUGCGCAAAUUUUGGGCGUCAGACUCACAAGGAUGGAUCAGGAAUUUCACAGACCUAUUGUCACGGCAGAAAUUGGUGACACGGUCGACGUCUCGACGGUACAGAAAGUCGUGAAACGUUAUCCAAAAAAACAAAAUCCGGUGGAUCUCAAUCGUUCUCCUCCGGGUUCGAAAUCUUCAGUAUGUUCUUUGCAAUAGAGUCGUGUCAGUGGCUAUAUUUCCACCGGAGUUGAAUAAGAGUUAAAAUACAUUGAAUGUAUAUCUCUAGUGUAGUAAUGUAUAGAUGUACAUACAAGACACGUAUUUUAUCUGUCAACUUCAAUCUGGUGGAAAUAUAGUCAGUUUCUCUAUUAAGUACACUUUUUGUAAUUUAUUCGAAUUUAAUUAAAAAUAGAAAUCUUAAAUAUGUUAUGCAGGAGGCAUUUUUGUGCUGUAAAUUUUAUAUAUUGUAAUAAUGGUUUAAGAUGUAAAUGCAUUUAUAAAUUUCUGAAUAAUUGUUCGAUUUUCAUUCAGUGUUAUAAAUACUAAAAUCUUCGACUUUGUAUUUGUCUUAUCUGUAACAAAACGUACUAGUAAGUUUUGAACUUGGAAAUUUUAAGUAUGAGAUUCUUGAGUAAAUGAGAUAGUAGGGAAUUGAAGUCAAGAAGAUUAUACGAGUUUAUAAGGAUUCUUUUAUAAUAGGUUAUACAGAAUAAUCUUGUUUAAGGUAAAGCAGAGAUUCUCAACUCUUCCGAGGAAUGAUAUCAUGACAAUUUGAUCAGCGAUUGCAAAACAAGAAAAAACUAUGUAAAUGAUUAGGAUCCAUUAUUUUGGAGCAAAAUGAAAAAAGUGCUAUAAUGCAACAAAGCCCAGAAAAAAGUUUUGAUAAAUUACUAUGUAACGUGCCUUAAAUAUAAAUUUAUUCAUAGUAUAUUGAACAUCGUCUGAGGGUCCAAAACCAUUAUGAAAUACUCGGAGUAUAUAGGAAGUAAUUUAGAAACUUGUUUUAUUCGCAAUCCGUGAUAGAUUGAAUAAUGAUUAUAUUACUAUUGAUGAUAAUUAUAAUGAUAUUAGAAACAAUAUUUACAUUAAAAUUCACUUAAUAAUUCAAUCACAUUAUCACAUACUGAUGUAAGAUAAUGAACGCCUUCACUACAGUUAUUAUUGAUAGUUUGUCGAUGGGUAAUUACUAUUUAAAGAUUGCAUUGAGCGGAAGAUAAAACUUUGUGGCAUAGCCGUAUAUAGAUUAAUCAGAAAACAAUAUUAAAUUGAUAGUACAUUAAAAUCAUUCUCUUCCACAAUGAUAAAAUAUGCAUUCGGCUUUUAAUAUUCAUAUAGAAUAUAAUUAAGUGAUACACGUAUAAGAUGUAACGGAAAUUCUAAAAACUUAAAAUUUAGCAAUACAAAGUGUAACGGAACAAUGGUCAUACAAUAUUCCCGGUUUUAUAUUUUCAAACACACAGAAAAAUAUAUUAAACACAACGCGGAUAAAUAUAAA